AUGUCAUCGAAUCAUCAGGAUUUCAGACCAUCAAGAUCAUAUAAUAAAGAAAUCGCAACAGAUGAAGAUGCUCCGAAUGUCGAGCAACAUACACAAACCUUUAUGAUCAGUCAACAGUCAGCACAAACCAAUAUAUCCUCUAACUCGGGACACAUGUCUGCUGCAGAAGAAUCUCACUCAAAGUCAAGCUCAAUAUACCCCCAACAGGAAAAGCCCAAACUUUCCAUCUUUUCCAGGUUCAGAAACAAACUCAGGAAAAGAAAGGACAAGGAAAAGUCUGUAGCGGGGAAGCUUAGUGGAAAAUUUGUUUCUUGUCGUGAUGAUUUCCAAGAGCAUAAAAUGGUUAAUUUGCGAUGUCACAAAUAUUGCAAAGAAUGUUUUGAAAGGCGAGUAACUGUGGCUCUGAAAACAGAGGCGAUGUGGCCCUUCAUGUGCUGUUCUGAGAUACCAUAUAAGGAUAUUGUUAGAAGUGUCAACGCGGACUUGGCACGGAAAUUUCAACUGAAAGCUUCUGAGAUGAAAGUGCCCCCCGGAGACCGAAUAUAUUGUAUCAAACCAAACUGUGAAACAUGGAUUCCUACCAACUGCAUCAAUCAAAGACGGAAGCGCGCAUCUUGUUCAUCCUGUCAAACAAGAGUCUGCACCAUAUGCAGAGGUGCAUGGCAUGCAACCAUUAAAUGUCCGCAGGAUAAGAGUCUUCAAGCUACAGUUAAUUUAGCAGAGAAGCAAGGGUGGAAGAAAUGCUAUGAUUGCAAUGCUCUUGUCGAACUCACUUGGGGCUGCUCUCAUAUGACAUGUCGUUCCAUUCAAUUACAAGGGAGACAACAAAUCGCUGCUAUUCAACCACAACAACGAUUACAACAGCAGGCCGAGGAACCGAGGAGAGCCGGUAAUCGUCUGGCUUCAUUAGCUCUUAGGUUUGAAGCAUUAGGAGCGCAGCUCCGGGUGUUACGAUCCAGGGAUAGCAUUUUUCGCUGA